AUGACAGCACUUGCUCAAAUUCCCAUCAAUUUAUCACCCUUAAAGACACCACAUGAUGCUUUGUACAAAAAAACAAACUUUCUUGGGCUGAAAUUACAUCGACCCAGUUUUUGUUUCACUAAUUUAAGUGCAAGAAAAGUGUCAAUUUGUAGUAGUUGGUACAAAUUAGGAGCUUUUAAGGAGAAAAACUCAUUCUUGACAGAUAAAAAUGGGAUUUUGAUGAAGGAGGAGAGAUGGGGUUGUGAGAAACGAAUGGUUUUUGUGAAAUUUAGACAAGGGUUUGGAUUGGAUGGGAUUGGUGAUGGUGGUGGUGGUGGUGGUGGUGGGGGUGGUGGUGGGGGUGGUGGGAGGGAUAAUAGUGAGACUGUGAGAGUGUUGAGUAAUCUUGUGCUAGCAAUUGGGCUUACUUAUCUUACUAUGACUGGUCAGCUGGGUUGGAUCUUGGAUGCUAUUGUUUCUGUUUGGAUCCUUGCAGUUCUACUUCCAAUUUUAGGUUUGGGAGCUUUUAUUUGGUGGGCUGGACGAGAUAUUGUUCAAAGCGCUUGCCCAAACUGCGGGAAUGAAUUUCAAAUUUUCAGGUCUACUUUAAAUGAUGAGGUUCAGCUUUGCCCUUUCUGUACUCAGCCAUUCUCAGUUGUUGGUAAUAAGUUCGUGAGAGACCCAGUAACGUUCUCCAACCAGUCAACUACAUUUGGUCAAGCAUUCGGUGAUUUCAGUACUCGUUCAAAGAAAGGUAAGGAUUCUUCUAUCGGAAUUGUUGAUAUAGAAGCAGAAGUUAAGGACGCGGACUAGGCAGUGGUCUCCAGUCAUACAGUAGCAUAUGAAAUCAUCGAUAGGGAUUAUGGGGAAGCAGCAGCAGCUGAACGGGAAGAAGACAAGAACAUCCCACAUCAGUAUGAAGAGAAGCUUCUCGUAAGCACUAUGCUGUCUUGAAAUACGAAGAACACUACGUUUAGCAUAGCUUGUCAUGCAUGGUCGUACAUGGCUGUACAGUCGCGAACACAUGAUCAACAUAUUAUAGAAUAUUGCUGAUUAUGUUAGAAAAAAGUGUGUGAUACCAUUAUACUUGAUUGCAGUUGCACCAUAGUAUACCACAGCACUGGAUAGCUUAUCAUGUUUGUAAAAAUACUUUCUAGCUUCUCAUCAGUUGAGGUGUUGAUUGUAUUAUGAUGUGAUAAGCAAUAACAUACCCCGUGUAAUUCUACACGCGGGGUUCAGGAGGUUAAGAUGUAUGCACACCUUAUCCUCGCUUUCCAACUUUUUAGUUAAGCCAGAUGAUGCCGUUUUCUCUA